AUUACAAAAGAGUGGAUUGGUAUUAUUGUUAACUCAUUCAAAGAAGAUCAUUACAAACAAAAUUCAAAAAUUUACAAAUAGUAUUACAAAAUACACCUAAUAAUGUUUAUAUCGUGUUCAAAUCGUAAGCAUAGUUGGGACAAUUUUACACUUAUAAUCGUAAGUUUUUUUUCAUUGUGAUUGUGUUUAUCUACGAUUAAUUAUGUCAUAAAGAAUAGCCUAGUAAUAGCCUAGUAGUUAGUAGUAGUCGGGUAGUAGUCUAGUGUAGUAGCCUAGGCCUAGUAACUUAACUUAAGUAAUUAGUAGUAGUAGCCUAUUAAUAAUUAAUAAGGAACAGUAAAGUAACAGUUAACUGAGUUAACAGUCCAAAAUUCAGUUUAUUUGGUACUUUUAAAAAGUAAAAAAAGACACGCAAUAUUCAAACUUCGCUGAGACGCUCAAGUGGUAAAUUACCCAAUUAUUAAAUCAAAAUAAUAUUUAAAAAAUAAUAAAAAGUGCAGUAAAUUUCAGUAAAACUUACAGUAGAUACAUUAAUUUACAGGUAAAUGAGCCAGUUUUAGUAGCCUAAAUUAUAACUUGGACAAGGGGCUAUCGAUAAUGAUUAAAUGAAAUUGACGUCAUGAUUAUUGACGUCAUACCAUCAUGCGUCUAGGGAGGGGGGAGGGGGGGGGUCACACUUUUGUGAGGAUAUGUCAUGUGUAAGAGUAAGAGGGGGGGGGGGCUUAACUUUUUUCAUUCCUCUUAUCUUAUAUAGCGAGCGUAUGUAUACCUCAGUUACUUUGGCUCAUACUCAUACAAUGUUGUACUGUUAAUUUUUUAAAGUGUUCUAUAAUUGUUUUAUCGUACAUUUGGAAAAAAAUAUAUUAAAAAAAAAAUUAUUAAAAUUUAAUGUUGUUUAUUUGCGAUUUCGUGAUUAACGUGACACGCUGAAGCGUCAGUCGCCAUCUUAAGAAAAUUUGUGCAAGACGCUUGUCGAAUCAGCAGCACAAAAUCUUAAAUAGUGAAUACUACUGACGAAAAUAUUGAUAUAAUUUUAUCUUAAUCAUACAAUCAUUUGGGGAAGAUAGUUGGAAGCCUGAAUCUAGUGAUUCUAAUUCAGAUUUUGAGGAGAAUCUUCCUUUACAAAUCUACAGCCCGUUAUAGUUGCUAAAACUAGAAGGUUAGUAAUCAAGUGUUUCGUUAUUCUAUUUUUUUAAAAAUAUUUUGUACUUUUAAAGAUUUUUAUUGGUUUAAAUUGUGUUUUUAAUCGUAAUUAAAUCUUUACUAACCAUUUUUAAAUGAAUCUACAUAAAUAAAAUCAUUGCAUAAUUUGUGAAUAUUUUAUUACAUAGAUACUUUUAGAAGACAUUAUUCUUAGAAACUGUGCUAAGGAAUGUACACAAUGCAGUUGGCACUGAUUAUUAUGAUAUAUAAUUCGCCAGAGCAAGCAAGUAGGACGCAGACAAACCCUCCCCUCUCUUCCAUUGUCUGCCCAUCGUUGGUCUCGAGACAUGCGCACCCCAGUGGAGCUACCGCCCCCUCCUCCUGCACCACCUUCGCUUGCCAGCCAUGUGCAUGCGCUCACCCCAACAAGCUCUGAGCCAGCUCCACUUUUGCUCUCUUCUUCGAACCACAUUCACUCUCGUUGUUCUGAUUUCUUCGUGUUGCUGUUUGUGCCCAUUCUUUUCCCCCUUUCUUUGCGAACAUGGCCACCACUUCGCAUGUGUUUCAUGGAAACAACGCUUCGUUCACUGUUAUACCAAUUCAAUUUCCUCUUAGAUUAGUCUUUGCAAUGACAAUUAAUAAGGCACAGGGACAAACUUUCAAAAAGAUAUGCCUCGUUCUACCAAAACCGGUCUUCAGUCACAGAAGUUCUAUGUAGCUCUCUCCAGAGUUCCAUCUUUUCACGCAAUCACAGUUGUAUCCUCAAACCUGUCACAUUUGGACAACUGUGUCUUUCAUGAGGUCUUCACUCAUCUAUGAGCAAUUCUGCGGCGUAUGCUAUGCCGCGAGACGCCUAGUUAUGAUAUAUUUCACCAUCAAGGACAUGAAAUUUGACAUCUAUUUGUGUUGUAAAAAUUAAAAUUUGAUUAUCUGACACUAAAUUUUUAGUGUUUUCUAGACAAUAUUGGAAGUAUUAAAAACUGGAAAUUUAAGUAAAGUACAUAUUUUAUAUUUAUAUUCAUUUCAUUCCUUAUAUUUGCAUAUAGGUCUUUAAUAUUAGUUCUUCUUUUGCAUUUACAGGCUAAACUUGUAUGAUUUUCGAGAUAAUGACCCAACUGUUUCCACUCCUAAGUUUCCCCCAGCCAGAAAGCCAGGCUGACAUUUGUGGGAAGAAAUGUCAACAUAACAUGGAUACAAUGAGCCAGAAUCUUCAUCCUAUUUCAAAUAAUAUGACAACAAAUGGAUUUUCUUUUGUGAACAGAACCAAAACUGAUGGUGUAUUUUAGGAAAUUAUUGGUGAGGAAACCAAAUAUUGUCAAAUCAGAUUUUGAAAUACAAUUCAUUUAUGUGUGUUGUUGACCUGUUGAUAAAUGGAUAUAUCACCCUAAGUAAAGAGAAAAGCACUGGACAAACCAUUUUUUCCAUUUUGUUGAUAUUGCCAGCCAUAAUCUCUUCAGGAUUAUUUACAAGAAAACUAUGAUAUAGAUGAACUGAAGCUACCUAACAUUUAACUCUCAAUUUACUUCACCGAGGAAAUUAUUUUAGCAUUAGAUGAAUUACUAAAGGUGAUGAUAUUCCUAGUUCCGCAAAUGUAAUUAACACAAAAUACAAUAUAAUACAUACAGUAGUUCCUAAAUGCAUAGAUUUUAAAAGACAUUCUACAGUAUGCUACAAAUUAGGAGUGCUUAGAAAAUAAAAUCCUAAAUCGAAAGUAGCACUAGCACAUGGUAAACUUAUCUUUGUUUUAGAAAACAAGAAUCUUUCUGAGUAACCAUACCAUGAACUUUAAAUUCUCAAUUUUUUUAAAUGGGUAAAUAAUUAAUAAAAGGUAAAAUAAUAAUAACCUGUAAUUUUUGUUAAUACUUUGUAGAGGGGCGGUGAAUUGUUCAAACUUUUAUUAUUAUUUCCACUUUUUGACACAUUUUACAAAAUAAUUUAUAUUUUGGUCAAAUGCUCAUGAAAUGUUAUUAAUCAUGCUAGAAAUACAAAAAUGAAUUUGCUUUCUAAAUAAACAGAUUUUAUUAAAUAAUUUCAGGUGUUUUAUUUUUUUCCUUCUUUGCAUCUGAUCACCUAAUGUUUCAUUUACACAUUUUCAUUAAAAAAUGUAGCAUUAUUUUUUUUCACAACUUCUAAGUGUUGACACUAUAUGUUUGAAAACCAACAUUUUUAGAAACCUCUUGCAUUUCCCCCACAAGAAUAUAUAUAUAACAGCAUGAAUUUUAGACACAGAUUCUUAAAGUUAUUGACUCUUUUAUAAAGUCACUAGGAAUCUCAAGAAAAACAUGUAAAAUUUAAUGAAUGUAAAAAGUAAAGCAAUGUUACAUCACAUUACAAGUGGAAUAUUAUUGUAAAGUAUUGCAAUUAAUAAUCCUAAAGUACAAACAUUUUUAACAUUAUUCUUUUAUACAAUAAUUAUAAUGAUUUUAUUUUUAAACUACCAUCACUGAGAGAAUCAGUACAGUUACAGGCAUGCGAAAUCCGAGAAAUAGCCUCUGAUCAAGUUACAGGCCACCACAGAGGAGAAGAAAAUGGGUGUAGUGACUUUGACAGUUGAGAGAAUUUAUGUCAAAAUGUGGAGACUUGAGUCACAGAAUUAGGAUCACCAUGUGAAGUGGGAUGGAAUGAAAAAAAGGUUGAUGGGGGGUGGGGGGUGAUCUUCGUAAAUGCCCUAGGGCAGGGAACCUUUUUGCAGUGCUGUAGGCCCACUCCAUUUAAACAUUUCUCUCCAAUUGUAUAAAUUAUAUUGUAAUAAAUUUGAAAAUAAUUAAAUAAUUUUUUAGUUAUCAUAGUUUUAUUUCUUUAAUCAUAACUUUUUAUAAACAAGGAAAAAAUUACCAAUACAAGUUAUGUGCAAACAAAAUUCACCAGAAAAAACAUUCACUGCUGCUAAUCAAAAUGCAUGAAAACAGAUUUUUUUAAACAGCAGCAACAACAAGCAAUUGCAGCAAAUACAAUUUUCUGGUCUUCCGCACCUUAGGGCUGGGGAGGUACUUUUUCUGUUCUAGUGAAAUGUUUCUGACAGAGGUGCAGUAAUUUGAUAUGCAUGGGAGGUGAAUUUCUUAAGGGUUUGUUGUGGACAGAUGGAGUUUUUAUAGAAGGGGGGGGGGGUGCAGAUAUUUGUGAUGUUAUAUUUGAGUGGGGGCCUAACUUUUUGUGAGGAUUUGUGAUGAUGGCGAUGGAGGAGAUAAAAAAGUCAGCAAAAUUUGCGUGACAUCAUUUAUGGUUUGCCCCUAAGUUAAGAGUAAGUUAAGACUAACUCACAAAUAAGUAAUUUAUUAGUAUGUAAAAUGAGAAAUUGAAUUAUGAAAUUAUGUUAAUUGGUUUUGGGAAUCAGUAAAUUUACAUUUGGCUCGCCAAUCAUUGCCCACAGCCACCAUCUUGAUUGCCAUGACAACAGAUGAGAAAUAUCUAACUUGAAUGCCAAGACUAAGUCAGUAUCCCUAGCUCAAGAGUUAGUACUUAAUUUCCCCCUCUGAAUUUAGUCCGCCCAGUGACGUAGCUAGGUAUUUGGGGGGAUUUGGGGGCCUGGGGGGCUUGGCCUCUUUAGGGGCCCCUGCAUUUUGAUAUUCGACAUUAUUUAAUGUAAAAAGAAUUUUCCAACACGCCUUUGGGGGCCCCCCUCAAGUAGGGGCGCGGUGGACUUUCGAAUUUGGAUCCCCCCUCCCCUCCCCAGCUACGCCACUGAGUCCGCCCUAACUUAAGCAUAAAUCUUCAAACCUAAAUUGUAUGGCCUGACGUGAAAACUAAAACUGUUUUCAUGUACUACAGUUGCACACGAUACAGUCCUAAGAAAAUAGAAAAUUUCCAUAAAAUGAUUAAAAUCAUUUUUAAACUAUUCUAAUUUAAAAUAAUGAAAACCCAAUUUACUGUUUCUUUGAAUACUCUAUACACGUUUAUACACUUUACUGCUGGUUUCACCAAAUAUAGAACCAAAAGUUGUCACAAAAAUCAAAACACAUUUUUCACAAUGCCUGAAAAUUUUAGUCUCAUUUUAAAUAUUAUAUUUAACUACCAAUGAAAUAUUAAUUUAAAUCAUUCCAUUGGUGUAUGAAUAUUAAAAAGUUAACUCUAGUAACAAUCCAACAAUAAACAAAAGGAAGAAAAUCCUGCACAGAAACUCAAAGUGCGAGCCAAACAUAAAUUGACCAUAUCAACACUUUACUGUUACAUUACUUCCUUACGGUUACCAUUCAUCAAAUUUAAAUGCAGUGUAGCCUUGUAAGUUAUGUUGAAUUUGUAAAAUAUCUUCAACUUGAGUGAAUUUGGUUGUAUUCUGUUAAUUAUUAGUAACUUGUUUGAUACUUAGAUGCCAAUACUAAGGAUUAUUUAAAGGAAAUAAGAUGCACAUUUCUUGGCUUUAUCCAUUCUCUUUGGUCAUAGUUUAAAAAAAAACAAACAACUAUUCAUUUAGUAAUCUAGAUUUUUCAUUUAUGUAUUCAUUUGCAUUCCCUACCUAGGAAUUUUUUAAAGUGAAACGCAUCCUAUUUCUGUAUUUAAAUGGAUUUUAAUGGUUUUCGGAGCCGUACAUUAAUUAGGUCAACAAUUUCUACGCAAUUUUUGACCUCCCCCCCACCCCAAGUAAUUAAUCAACAUUUGUAUACCCCCCCCCCCCAUAAAAAGAAUGUAAAAAAAUUGAUUAAAAUAUAAAUAAAUAUAUAAAUACAUUUUACUUCGUGAUAUUUAAAUGGAUUUUAAUGGUUUUCGGAGCCGUACAUUAAUUAGGUCAACAAUUUCUACGCAAUUUUUGACCUCCCCCCCACCCCAAGUAAUUAAUCAACAUUUGUAUACCCCCCCCCCCAUAAAAAGAAUGUAAAAAAAUUGAUUAAAAUAUAAAUAAAUAUAUAAAUACAUUUUACUUCGUGAUUAUCUAUUUUAAUAACAAAAAAUUGUAGGAAAAACAUUUUAAUGCUCCUUUAGCUUUUUACACAAGUUAAAAAGUUUUUACACUUAAAUUUGAUAAUGCAAAAUCAAUGAAAAUGAAAAGGUUGUUAAAGACUAAAUAUCAUUUUUGUGGAAGUAGAAAUAUGUUUAUUAUCAGUAUAACUGGACAAUUGUAGCAUAGUUUCUAGCUGCUAUCAUCUUCCCAGGGAGUAGCCAGGUGUUACUCUAUCGUAACAAUGGGCAUAGUAGCUGAUUUAUCAUUUUCAUCUUGCGGAACUGAUGUACCAGACAAGUCAACUUCAUCCUCAUCUAACCAUUCAGAACUUAAAAUAGAAGCAUUGUCAGUGUGAGCAAUAAUUGCCAUAAGCUCUCUCUGUCUCCUAGCAGCUACUUGAAUUAGUCCAAUCCUUUUUUGUUGAUGAGCAGGUGGUAAUUUCUUAUGCAUUGUCGGUGCUGUUGAACUUGCUAUUUCAGCAUGACUUGUGAUGCUAAAGAUUUUGCAAAUCCGUUCAAGCAGCGAUGUUAUUAUUGUUACUCACUUUACUUUCCCCUAAUUCUCAAAAUAUUGCAUUCCUAAUCUUGACCGCACAUGACUCUUGAACCUUGUCCUUGUUCCAUACUUGCAACAUGACGGCAAAAAUACCGCCCUAGUCAUUUUGCACAAAUAGAACCUACAGUGGAAGAGAGGCCAACUUUUGACUUCUCUUACAUUAACUAAAUGUGCUAACAUUCUGACCAACCAUCAGCAGUGCACAGACAGACACACAUUAAAUAAAUCUUAUAUUGUAAUAUGUCUAAGACAUAAAUAACUAUUUUUUAAUUUAGACUCAUUAAAUUUGUUAAAAUAAUGUAAUGACUAGUAAAUUUUUAAGAUUAAAAUUUUAAGAGAAAACAUGAUUUUUGACAUCAACUAAUCUACCCCCUCUCCCCUUUAUCAACAACAGUAAAAAAUUUCCACCCCAACCCCCACCCCUCCUCCCCCAUUUUGUGGACAUAAUUAAUGGACGACCCCUUCUACAUAUAUUUUAUGUUUGAUUAUAAAUAUUAUAAUGGUUGAUUCGCUAAAUGAAAAAUAAUUUCUCUAAUAGUUUUAGUUUAACACCAUGGAAUGUCAUUUAAAUUUACAGCCUGCUGUGUCCGUUGGAAACGUUGGUCAAUUGGCUGCUGACUUAAUAGUGAACACACUGGACAUGGAACGUGUGGGAUAUAUUUUACACCCCAGUCUUCUGCCUUGUGUUGGCAACAACCCAUUUGCUAUAGGAGAUGGAUCUUCGUGUCAGUUGUCCACAAGUUGUGAAAGUAUGUAUUCAAUGAUGUCUAUGACAUUUCAAUCUUUGUGGAAGAGGCUAGUGGGUUAAUGAGGAUAAUAAUGUUUUUUCAUGUAUCAGUAUCACAGACUAGUGUGGCAUAGUUGUAAAUAAAAAGUGUAGCAAUUGUUUUGUCCUUUUUAAGACUUAACUAGCAUUCACUUUAUAAAGCUUUAAAAACUUGACUAUCUUGCAGUCUACGAGAGUACAAAACUUAAAUUGGUGGUCAUUCAGCAAAGAGCCCCCCUCAUCAAGGUGAGUAUAAGAUAAAAUCCCUCCUGUAGUUUCUGAACUUUUCUCUUUAGCCACAAAAAAUGUUCACUGUAUUAAAUGUUCUGCCCUAUGUUAUGUUUUUCUCACUGAUAUUUUAUAUUGUAAUGUAUACAACAGGGCAAGAGUAGAGCGUACACUGAAUGGCUGUCAAGCUGGUUGAAUGAAAUUCAGUUUGAUCAGGUUGUCGUGUUAACCAGCAGCUUUGCAUAUGAAAGACUUGAUCAGCAGCUCUCAGGGUAAUCUAUUUCUUAAAAUAAAUAUAUCAAGAUUCUUAAAUGCUGGAUAACAAUAGUCCUGUUCGUGUUGUCCUAUUAUAUUAAUUAUAAUCACUUCCAUUAGAUGGAAGACAAGGUGCCCCCCCCCCCAAGUUUUGAAAGUUUCGCUUAUCCUUUUUCUAUAAACACUCUAGGAGGAAAGAUUGUGGUUUUAAAAUUGACCAUCUUAUAUUAAACCAAUUGAUUGAUUAAAAACUGAAUCACCUAAAGGCCACCUUUCCGAGUACUUUACACCAAGAAAAUGGAAGAACGUUCAGGGGAAAUCUUCAAGAGCCAAAUUGGCUGGAAAGAAUUAGAAUGUCGCCAUUCUUUCCCAGCUCCAACACCUAUACAGAGAGAAAAUGAACAUGCUGACAAUCUUUUCUACAUGCCAGGCUCAGGGAUAACAAAAAAUUUAUUUGAAAAAUGGUGAGUAAUUUAAAUAUUUUAUAAAAAUGGAAAAUUAUUGUCAAGGGACAUUAGUCUAGUUUUUCAACUGCUUGUGCAAAUAGAACUAUUUUUUUUUUGUUACCUCCAAAAUUAUUUUAAAAUAAUAAUAUUUAAUUUGGUACAAAAUCAUCCUCAAAUCUAUACACUUCUAUGCUGAGGAUGAAAAAAAACAAAAUCCAGUUAUUUCAAUUUUAAAAAAUAUAUCAAACAUAAAAACUCUUAUGACUAAUAAUGUCAGUGUCAAUCCUAAAUUCUGAACCAAGUUGUUUCCCUUUGUCACAUUAAAAAAAAUUUCCAUCCUACAAAUAAAGAUAUAUUAAUACUAUUUUGAUAUUAUUAAUAUCAGAGGUGCCACUCACUGAAAUCCGUGAACCCUGAAAUCCCUUUCUAAAAAUCUCUUGAAACCUGAAACUUCAUUUACAAACAUUUCAAACCCUGAAACUUAACAAAACUGGAAAACUGUUGAAAUAAUUUCUUGUGCAUUGAUUACAAACAAAAGUGAGAGGCUAGCAAACAAAGGUGAGAGGUAGCACUAACUGUUCUAUUUAUAGCAAAUACGCUCUCUCUGAAUAGGCUUUUGCAUGUUCUCACACAAUGAUUUUCUUUUUAAAACCCAAAAUCCGUGUUUGAAUAAACUGAACUGGUGAAUCCGGAGCUGAAAAAUAUUUAGCCGCACAGAAUUCCGGGAUAAUCUGUAAAAGUGGCAUCCCUGAUUAAGAUAUUGAACAAAAUACUUAAAAUGAUAACAUAAAACCAGCAUGUUGCAAGACAUAAAUUGUGAUAAAAUAUGUGGUUUCCUCCAUUUUUGACAACAUAACAUAUUCCAGCCAGGAACUACCAGUAUUGGUGUUGAUGAUGUUUGUUUCUGAGGGAGACAAUGCUCAGGAUGCUGUGGACUUGGUCGGCCAACUCAAUCUUUGGUUAAAACUUGUGACACAGAAGGUAAUACAUCAGUUGUUAUUGAUCAAGCCCAUUAUUUAAAUCAGGGGUUUCCAGCCUUUUAGCUUGCCGUGGCCAGGCCACAUUCAAAGAAGACUGUUUUGGGCCACAAAUAAAUACAUUUACACCAAUGAUAGCAGAUGAGCGCAACAAGAAAAAACAAAAAACAAAAAACGUAGAAUAUUUAACUUCAUUAAUAUUUAAUUAUAAAAGUAAAUGAACAGACAGCAACAUGAAAUUAGCGAGAUACAUUGUUUUUUAAGUAAUUAUGCUUCAAUAUUUGGUUCAAUGAAAAUCGAUCUCAAGGUGUUUAUUAGAUAUUUGGUUCUAGUUUCAUACUUCGUGUGUUUCAUUCUUGAAAAUAGUUGCUUUCAAAUGUAGGUGCUUCAAAAUAGCAAUGCCAUGAAUGAGGCAUGACAGUGUAAUUGAUGGAUAUUUUUAUCUGGGAAGAUGUGGCUUAAAAAUUUAAAAAAUCCAAUAAAGAGACAUGAUGGAUCUUUAAAACGAGUUGAAUGUCAGAUUGUAGCUCUAUGCAUUCCAUUUGAAAAUUUGUAGGUAAUAUGUUUAUUGUUAUGUUUUUUUCUUUAAAUAUAUAAACUUGUUAUCAAAUCAAACAUCACGUCUGCAUAUUUUUUUGUUGUUCAGGAAAGUUUUAACCCAACGUGUCAAAAUGCAAAAAUCAAUGGAACAGUUUUUACAUUAAAAAAAAAAAAAGUUACUUUUAAACCACAUUCAAAAGAAAACUGUACCCUGGAAUACUCAGUACCAAUGAUUUAUCUCUUUCAGGGUUUCUUAGACUUUGUUAACACAAACUCAUCAGAGUGAUGUGCAUAUUUUCUUUUCAAGAAAUACAAUUUAUAGACUAAUAAUUUCAAAUAUUUUACAGGAUGAAAAUGCACCAAGUGAAAAUGUACAAUCUUGUUCCUGGAAGGUCCCAGACUCUUGGCGUCUAGUUUUUGGGAGUAGAUUUGAUCAAAAACUCUUUCAAUGAAAACAUUUGUGUAAAAUUUACAUUUAUGAUACAAUGAAUACAAUGAGAAUUGCAUGAUAUUUGCUAAAAUAAAAUAUGACAAAAACUUAUUUUACUUCAGUAUAUAUUAUUUUAAAUGUUGCACAUGUUGUGUUGGGAAAUACAAAUGAUUUGAUC